AUGUCGACUGAACAUGUUCCCGAUGAUAUGAUACAACGAAAGCAUAACAGCCGGAGCCGGUCGGGCGGAUGGGGGAAAGCCACUGGCAUGUUGGGAAUCAUUGGACGAUAUCCGAAUCUUGACGGCCCUUUUACGACCUUGGUGGAGAGGGUGAAAUCGCAUGGGGAUGGGAGGAGCAGGACAAUAAUGAGGAUGGAAGGAGGUUCAGGGUAA